UUAGGACUGUGAAAAUGUGUCAUGGUAGUUAUAUGGAGUUCAAUUGAAAAUAGGAGAAACUGAAGUAGAUUUCUAACUCAGAAGAAUGAUUUAGAAGAAUCUGGAAGAAGCAGAGUCUGUCCUGUGAUUCCUCCAGAUGGAAAUGGACUACCAGGGAGGGGGCAGGUGCUGUGAGGUCAGGCAGGAUGAUAGCAAUGUGUACUACUUAGUGCAUGGAGCCUGGAUUUGUGAAGACCCUGCCUGGCCCAAAGUCUUGCUGUCACUCCAGCACCUCUUCUAAUGUGCAAUGGACAACUUCCAGUAUAGUGUCCAGCUCAGUGAUCGAGAGUGGGCCGAGUUCUCAGCCACUGUUGAUGAGUGUGGCCUCUUGCAGGCUGGCCUGGCCUCUGGUGACGAGCUCUUGUCCAGUGACAUUGGAAGUGACAUUGGAAGUGACAGUGGAAGCAGCCCCCCUGGGCCCCCACCCCUCUUCACUGGGCAGCUGGCUCCCCAGGGGAGGGGACAACAGGGCUGUGAGUUGGAGGACGUGGCUGCUCAGCAGCUGGUCAGCAGGUCUCAGUGUGAGCCUGUCCUGGCUCUGGAUGCCAGUCAUCAGGUAGCCAGCACGUCCACACAGUCAGAAGCUCUACUGUUCCUCGGCUCAGACAGUGUCUGUCCUACCCAGGCCUUGUCCUUCCCAGGGUCAGCAACUUUAAGAGACAAGAUGCAGAGGCUUUUGCAGGGCCCUGCUCCCAGCUCUCCUGGUGAGCCCUCUCAUAGUCCUGACCCUGGCCACAGUGCCAUGCCUCAGAGUGCCCCUGACAACAUUGAUACUCCACUGAGGAACCCUGGUCGUAAGAAGAGGCGUUCUGUGGGCACCAAGGGGGGCAAGUGCUCUGGAUCUCUGGGAUCUGCUGCUGUUCAGAUGAGCUCCCCACAGAUUAUGGAGACCAAGCCCAAGGAGGUUCUUAUGUCUGGGACAUUAAUGGUGAAAGACCAGCAGGAUAAGCCACAGUCAGACUAUGCAGGUGCUUCUGAACAUGGCUCUAGUAUCCCUGGACAGAUGGCCAGACAAAAGUCAGGCUUGGAUCUGUCUACACCUGUUAUAAUAACUGAAGAAGAUACAGACCAGAUCAGAAAGAUACCCAGAGCUGUGCCACACAUGAUAUCCAAACCUGUCCAGGAAGCUCAUCCAGAUGUCUCCAUGGCCACACCAAAUGUGUCUCUUUCUACACAUGCCUCCAUGCCUCAACCCUACAUGGCUUUGUCUAAACCUGCCUCCAAGCCUCAGUCUGACACAGAUUUGUUCCCACAUGUCUCCACAUCCGACAUGACUUUGCCCACACUUGCCUUCAAAUGUCAACCUUAUACAAAUCAGUCUACACCUGUCUCUGACCAUGACAUGGCUUUAUCUACAUCUGCCUCCAUGUCUAAACUGGACAAAGCUGAGUUUGCACCUGAUUGCAUACCUGGAUUGCAUGAGGACCUAUCUGCAGCAGGCUCAGAGAUCAAGCCAGAAGUCUAUCCCUCUAUGCCUGCCCCAGUGGUUAUGCUUUGUACAGAUCUGCCUCAUUCUGUUUCAAAGACUGAGUCUGAAGAGAGUGUGUCUAUACCUGCUAUGUCUUCCUUAUCCCCUAUUUCCCAGGCUGAAGCUGCCAUGGUGGAUAUAGACAUGACUGUGUCUCCUGGGAGAUACUCUGAGAAGCCAAUAGGACAGAUCUCAGCAGGGUCCUCAGGAUACUCCUCAGGAGAGCCUUGCCCAGGUCCUGUCCAAGCCCCCAAGAAGAAGAAAGUACGAUUCUCCAUGGCUAUACCCAGCCAUGAAGAGUCAGGAUCAGGCGAACCUACAGGCCCACCCUUCCUAACCCCAGACUGGCCCCCAGCUCUCAGGACAGCAUCAGGGAGCCGUGGGGGCUCUGCAGCCUGGGAUGCUGUGGCUGUUGGGCCCCGUCUUCCCCAGCCUCGGAUCCUUAAGCACCUGCCUCCUCCUGUAUCCUCUGUUUCAGCAGAGCCUGAGCCUGGAAGCUGCUAUGCAGUGACUCUCCCUGAGGCCUAUGAAUUCUUCUUCUGUGACACCAUUGAGGAAGAAGAUGAAGAUGUAGAGAAUGAGGCAGCAGCUAGCCAAGCCCUGGAUGAAGUCCAGUGGCCUGACACAUGCGAGUUCUUUUUUCGGGACAGCAGAGUCCAAAGGUCAAGUAGUCAGAGGGGACACUCCCUAGUCUCAUCCCCAAGAGCAGAGGCUGUGGCACCUGUUCCCCCUGGAGAUUUAGUGCCUAUCUCCAUCCCUGAGGUCUAUGAACACUUUUUUACUGAGGAAGGAUUUGGGAACAGCCAGCCACCAUCUACCCAUAUCCAACCGCAGAUCUCAGAGCUCUUCAGGGAAGUAGGGUCUGAGGCAUACUCCAAGCCUGUUCCAGCUACAGCAGAACAUCUUAGCUUGGCAAUCAGAGAGGCAGGAGAGCUACGAAGUCCCCUUACUUCAUUUACAUUCAGCCAAAAUGACAUGUGCCUGGUGUUUGUUGCCUUUGCCACUUGGGCUGUGAGAACCUCUGACCUACAUGCCCCAGAUGCUUGGAAAACAGUCUUGCUGGCCAACAUUGGCACCAUCUCUGCUAUCCGCUACUUCCGCCGUCAGGUUGGGAGAGGGCAUAAUGGCAGACCAAGACCCAGUUGCAACUCAAGCCCAAGCUGCUAGGAGCCAGGCUGGCCUGGUGAAGCAUGGGACAUGGGAGUUAACCCAGUUGACAGAACAAGAUGUUGCUCUUCUCUCCAUCCUUUGAUCCCUGUCUUCUGAGGCAUCUAGGAAGGAGCCAGUAUCCUAGGUGCUGACUUACUUGGACUCGGCCUAUGGGUCCAGCCAGUGGCUAAGGCCAAGUCCAUUUUCCAUACCUGAGAGUGUUGAGAUUCAGGCUGUGGGUGAGUGGGCCCUGAGCCAGGAUCUGGGUAACAGGGCAUCGGAUUUGCAAGUAAUAACCACAGGGCACAUAGCUGUAUU